CAACGAGACCAUGUUUGUGGAAGCAAGAAGACGGCCGUCGCUGCAAUUGCUGUGGAUUGGGUGUUUCCCUUUCUAUGUAGUUUUUUUGCUGCAAAAGAGUACUGGUGUGGAAGCCUUCCAACCUCCAAGACUAUAUUGCCACGGAACAAGAGCGUUCAAGGUUCCCACUACUGAUAGUGGUGCAGGCAGAGGAACUGAUGUUUGGUCAACGCCAAAGAACGGGGAAGGCGACCCAUUGUUUGUGGAAGGAGCGGCCGACGGAAAGAUGGCGGAAGUGAAGAGAAUAAGAGAAAGAAUGAGGAGAUCGGUUGAUUAUCCAUCAUUCUCGUACAAUGUUAGAGAACGCUACAGAGGAAGUAAAUCUGGCAAAAGCAGCAAAGGGAGAGGUGAAAGCGCAAACAUGAAAUACAAGGGCCGUGGAUGCGAAGAUGUCAAGUUUCGAAAACCAACCGUCGUUUCGAUACCGCCAGCUGCCAGCACAGACUCUGUUGCACUAAAGGAUGAACUUGCCUUGAACCUUUCGGGUGGCUUUGAGAGUGGUCUUGGAGAAAUUGGCAUCUCGGCAUUGCGAACAAGGCUGCUCAAGAAUCGAUCUUAUGCCAAGAAAGAUCCCUACAAACUUGAAAACAUGUCCGUGCCGCCGUCCCUCUCCGAUCUGUCUUACCCUCCAUCGCCACUAUACAAAGGCUUUUGGUUGGGUUUGGCCGCCCGCAUUUCUAUUGGAGUGACAGCAUACUUUAUAUUUCCAUACCUCACGAGCUUCUUGGAGAGUUUUGUCACCAUGCAAUCGGAGGAACUUGAUGCAAUCACCAGCAAGUUUGGUCCCGGCGUCUCAAUUCUAUACGGUACCUUUAUUUCUUUAACACUCAACAUUUUGUACAAUCGGGUAAAAGACAUCCAAGACGCCGCAGCCAGAGAAAGUGCCAUGAUCACAAUGAUGAUUCGCAAUCUACUAAGCAUCUUUAAAGAUGAUCGAGACCUUGCGGUAGAAUCAGUGCAAAAAUGCGCCGAUCAAAUCAGAAUCAUGGUCAAAUCAAGUCGAGCCGCUGAACUCAUGAGCAUAAUGUAUACUGAUCAUUAUGCACAAAUCUUAGAGUUGCUAGACUACAGGGAGGAAGAACUGUAUCGAAAAUUUGGGGGUUUUGGAUCUCAAGGGAACCUUCUGGCAAACUCUCGUGAUACCGCGAAAGAUUUGAUUCGAAUGCGGGCAGAGCGAUUAAGUAUGGAAGCACUCUCAUUACCUCCCACCCAUUUUCAGGUCUUGAAUCUGUUGACUUUCCUGAUCGUGCUGAGCUAUAUUGUAUCCAUUCUACCCAAGGUGGACCAAAUCACUGGUUCCCCACCAAUGGAAGCAUCUAUCCUGUUUGCCAUCCUGACGAACAUUUAUGUCCUCUUCUACUCUUUCGCUCGAGAUCUCAACAAUCCGUUUGAUGGGGUAUAUCAGAUUCGGAGAAGUAGUUCUGCCUGCAACUUUCUGGAAGCAAAGUGGCUCAUUGCAAACCAUCCAUUAUUGGCAGGGGAAGUAGACUUUGAGGAAGUUGAGGAAGGGCCCGAUGGCGUCACGGUUUGCAGUCCAGGGUUGGGUGAGAUGAUUUUUGAGAAGGACGACCUUGUCGUGGAUACACCUCCCGAUACAGAGAGCAUUUUAUAGAGCUGGCAAGAAGUGCAGUGAUGAGUUGCACCCCAUAGAGUACCAGUUACUUUAGAAACUAGAGUGAAUAUUCUGAUCUUACUGCGUUUCACGUUGCAGCCGAUGACAACGAGGAUCAACACACGCCUCUGAAAUGGUCGGAGGGCUCUAGAGGUGCACCGACAUGUGGCCGUUUACCCCAUCGGCAACCGCCGAAAGUUCAUAUCUAACUUUGUCAAGUUCAAAUUCGAUGAGACCAAGGACAAGGUCACGGUGCUUAAUUGUGCCCCCACCACGACACCCUUUCCACCGCAUCUCAAAUUUUUUCGACAACACCUGCAUCACACGUUCCCAGCCAACUCGUUCAGAGAGAAGCUUCCUACCAUGAUUUCUUAGAGCUGUGAAAUUUGCACCGUUCGGAAGGACUUCAUCAGUCUCUCCUGGCAAGAGAUCCGACGCAGAAGAUGCGGUCUCAGGUGCAAUGGCGGCGGAAACCACCCUACGAAGCCUCUCAUUGAAUCGGAUCACCAAGCGAACCCCAGGAGCCAACAAGAGCUGCUCCUGUUCCAUAGGGAACUGGUGCGGUGAGAGUGAAGUGAGCCGACCUGGCUUUUGAAACACAGAAGGCCUGACCCAGCCCCAAUUGGUGGUAUUCCAAUACACCACACGGCGGCCCGACCAGCGACCGAGGCGCCUUCCCCUUUCUCCUUUUGCAACUUCCAGUCCUAUGUGCUUUGCAAGGGCUGCCACCUCAUCAUAGGGAUCUGUUCCUAGCAUUGUUACGUCAUCUCCCUGAUCACCGUCGUGGCAUUCUCUGCAGAGAUCAAAGUUGCACUCACGACAGCCCCACCAGUCUGGGCGGGUCUCAAGCCUCACUUCACACACAUCACAUACCAUGUUGGUUAAGAUCAGAACAUUGGAGUACUCUAGGAUGUGUCUUCCGGGGCAUUUUUGGGGCAAGCGGGGAGUGAUCAUGCAUUGCAUCAUGCGGUCGCGUUCAGUUUCCGUCAUCUUCAAAAUUUGAAAAAGGGAGAACAAAUGAGGGUCCCGGGCAACAAUCUCACAAUUCAACAGCGUGUCCAAUGAUGGAGGAGAUUUUUCGAAGAGUCCAAAUACAUGCUUCCCUUGAUGGUCCGUGAUCCUUAGCUCCUUGAAACGGGCUCCAUUGGUGCCAUCAGCAUGCUGAAGAUUCUCGUUGCGUGCUCUCAGGAGUCUACGAAUGUCAGCAGCGGUAGCAGCAGGACAGCAAUAGAAGGUUUGAUCGACCUGGUUCUCGAUCUGAACAGUGACGCGCACUAUGUAACCACUCUGUAGGACAACGUCCAGAGCGCCAUCAAACAGUGCUUGGUUCAUGGCGGCUAUCUUUCUUUGGGCUUGCCUUUUGGUUCUCUCUCGAUCCACGAUCGUGAAGAUCUCGAAUGCGAGACACCUGAACGUGAGACGUGCAUAGAACACCUUUUAAAUCCCAAACGGUACUCAAAGGCAAU